AUGAAAAUAUUAAAAAUAAGAAUAUUAAUAGAUGACAUUAAUGACCAUUCUCCAGAAUUUCUAAAGAAUGAAGUUCAAAUUGAAUUUUCUGAGCGGGAGAGUAAAGGUACUAAAAUUCCUCUUCCAAAUGCCAUUGAUAAAGAUAUUUCAAUAAAGAAUUCUCAAAUAACAUAUAUGAUCAAGAAAAAUAAAAGAGAACCAUUUUCUAUCUCAAUCAAAAAAAGACAUGAUGGUGUCUCCAUACCUGAAUUAAUAUUGGAAGAUAAAUUAGACAGAGAACUCAAAGACAAAUAUAUAUUGACUUUGGAAGCUAAAGAUGGAGGCUACCCUCCCAAAACAGCUACACUCAAGGUACACAUAUCUGUGACAGAUGUCAAUGAUAAUACACCUGCAUUUUCACAGAAACUCUACAACAUCUCUAUAAGUAAUUCACAUCAAAGACAUUUACCAAUUCUUACUUUAAAAGCCACAGAUCAAGAUUCAGGAGACAAUGGAAAGAUUUCUUACCAUUUCAACCAUAAAACAUCUCAAAAUGUCCUGACAUAUUUUGUAUUAAAUGAGAAGUCUGGAGAUCUAUUUUUACAUGAUAAUUUUCAUUUUAGUAAAAAGCAGUCUUAUAAAUUAUUUAUUGAAGCACGAGAUGGAGGAAAUCCACCCUUAAGUUCUGUAACUAAAGUCCAGAUUUACAUUAUUAAUAACCAGAAUAAUGCUCCAUUGAUUAAUAUAGAUUUUGUAUCUCCUUUAUCAGAGAGUUCAGCAGCUGUUUCAGAAGCAAGUAAAAUUGGUAGUUUUAUAGCUUAUGUUAUGGUCACUGACACUGAUAGUGGACCUAAUGGUGAGGUUAUCUGUGAUUUAAAACAUGAUAAAUUUAAACUUGCCAAAAUAGAUUCUAAAGAAUAUAAAAUGAUUGUUAAGGGCCAUCUUGACAGAGAAAUAAGGGACCACUAUAAAGUAUCUAUUGUGUGUCAUGACAUGGGGUCACCUCAACUAGAAAGUAAAAAAUAUUUCUCUGUCAAAGUAACUGAUGUCAAUGAUGUAGAACCACAUUUUACCAAAGAGACAUUCCAAUUCCUCACCUAUGAAAACCAGAAAGUUGACUUCCCUAUUGGCUUCAUCAACGCUACAGACCCUGAUCUUGGAGAUGGAGGCCAACUUACAUAUUCUAUCAUCAAUGAUAACAACAAUGAUAACAUUCCUUUCCAACUGACAAAAUAUGGAUUCAUUUCUACAUCACAAUCAAUAGAUCGAGAAAUGAAAGACAUCUAUAAGUUCAAGGUUUUAGUGAAAGAUAAUGGAACACCUUCUCUCAAUGACACUGCCAAUAUUGUUAUUGAGAUUCUAGAUAAAAAUGAUAAUGCUCCGUAUUUUACAUUUCCUAAUAAUGACCCUUACAAUCUAGAUGUCCACUACCAUCCACACAGUAAGAAGGACAUCACAAUUCUGAGAGCAUCUGACAAAGACACUGGAAACAAUGCUUUCCUCACAUAUGGAAUACUGAGAUCCAAUGAUAAAAACCUGUUUACAGUGAACUCACACACUGGUGUGUUAUCUUUCUCUCGCACAGUUUACCAAAAUGAUGCAGGAACAUAUGAGCUGCAGUUUAUAGUGAAAGACGGUGGUACUCCAGUUCAAUCAGCAACAACUGCUAUCAUACUAACACUGUUUGUUAGUAAUGAUACAUCUCCAAUGUUGACUGCUGUGCCAUUCCAGUCUGGUCACGACCUGAAUAUGACUUGGGUAAUUAUCAUUGUAGCAGCAGCUGUAAUACUAUCUGUGGCUAUUGUAGUGUCCAUAACACUGUGUGUUUUCAGAUGUAUUAAUCACACAAAUAACUCACCCACAACAGCAGAGAAUCCCAACUUUCUCUCUCAGACUGAGAUGAGACAAUUACUGUAUCAGACUAACAAUCCUGUUGCAAUAACGAGAAAUGCAGAAGAGAUAUUUAACCGAAAUCUUCAGACAAUAAAAUCUAAAAGUCAGUUUUUCCUGGAGAUGGAACAGACACCGGAUGAGUGGAAAUUCUCCACAACACAAAGGAGACUUCCACCUGUGCCUCAGAGAUGUGAUUCAAUCCAUAGUCAAGAACGUCGCACCAGUUCCAUCAUGUCUUACAACAGUGACACCUUAACAUCCCAAAAGGACAGAGAAGCUAGCAAGAGUAAUGGCAAGACUAAACCAUAUGAUGAGAUACCUGCAGAACCAGAAUAUACCAAUGACAAUCCAGUUGCAGCCACAAUACUAAAGGGACAACAAAUACAAGAUACCUAUCUACAGCCAACAUAUUUACAAUACAUCAGUAUACCUGAAGGUGGCAAGCUAGCAGAUUCAUUAGUAACCUGGACAGAAUACUAUAUUACAUACCAUGUCAAGGAAGAAGACAGACCUCACACCUAUAUUGGAGACAUUGCUGUUGACUCCAACUUAUCACACCCUCUCACACAUCAACAACACACUCUCAUUACAUUUACACAACUACAAAGGACAGUCGAGAGUGGUUCUCACUUAUUUAAUGUCACCAACUCAGGAAAACUAUACACUACUCAAACACUGGACGCUGAGUCUCUGUGUACCUACAACAAGGAAUGUUCCAGAAUAGUUAAAGUAGCUGUGAGAAAAGGACAAACCUUUAUGAAAAUCCUUAAAAUAAAAAUAUUGAUACAGGACAUCAAUGACCAUUCUCCAGAAUUUCCACAGAAUGAAGUUGAAAUUGCAUUUUCUGAGAGAGACAGUAAAGGAACUAGAAUAUCUCUUCUAAACGCAAUUGAUAAAGAUAUUUCAAUAAGAAAUUCCCAACUUAAAUAUAUGAUUGAAAAAAGCAAGAGUGAACCAUUUUCUCUCUCUGUCACAAAACAGGAUGGUAUUUUCAUACCUGAACUCAUACUAGAAGAAACAUUAGAUAGGGAACUUCAAGACUCAUAUAUUUUAGCAGUUCAAGCUAAAGAUGGAGGAAACCCUCCCAAAACAACUACACUCAAGGUACACAUAUCUGUAACAGAUGUCAAUGAUAACACACCUGUAUUUUCCCAGAAAGUCUACAAUAUCUCUAUAAAUAAUUCACAUCAAAGACAUUUACCAAUUCUUACUUUAAAAGCCACAGAUAAAGAUUCUGGACUCAAUGGAAAGAUUUCUUAUCAUUUCAACCAUAAAACAUCUCAAAAUAUACAGAAAUAUUUUGUAUUAAAUAAGAAAACUGGAGAUUUAUUUUUAGAUGAUAAAUUUCAAUUUACUAAAAAGCAAUCUUAUAAAUUGUUUAUUGAAGCAAGGGAUGGAGGACAGUCACCCAAAAAAUCUGUUACCAGAGUUCAGCUUCAUGUAAUUAAUAAUGAGAAUAAUGCUCCAUUGAUAAAUAUAGAUUUUGUAUCUCCUUUAUCAGAGAGUUCAGCAGCUGUUUCGGAAGCAAGUAAAAUUGGUAGUUUUAUAGCUUAUGUUAUGGUCACUGACACUGAUAGUGGACCUAAUGGUGAGGUUAUCUGUGAUUUAAAACAUGAUAAAUUUAAACUUGCCAAAAUUGAUUCUAAAGAAUAUAAAAUGAUUGUUAAGGGCCAUCUUGACAGAGAAAUAAGGGACCACUAUAAAGUAUCUAUUGUGUGUCAUGACAUGGGGUCACCUCAACUAGAAAGUAAAAAAUAUUUCUCUGUCAAAGUAACUGAUGUCAAUGAUGUAGAACCACAUUUUACCAAAGAGACAUUCCAAUUCCUCACUUAUGAGAACCAGAAAGUUGACUUCCCUAUUGGCUUCAUCAAUGCUACAGACCCUGAUCUUGGAGAUGGAGGCCAACUUACAUAUUCUAUCAUCAAUGAUAACAACAAUGAUAACAUUCCUUUCCAACUGACAAAAUAUGGAUUCAUUUCUACAUCACAACCAAUAGAUCGAGAAAUGAAAGACAUCUAUAAGUUCCAGGUUUUAGUGAAAGAUAAUGGAACACCUUCUCUCAAUGACACUGCCAAUAUUGUUAUUGAGAUUCUAGAUAAAAAUGAUAAUGCUCCGUAUUUUACGUUUCCUAAUAAUGACCCUACAAUCUCGAUGUCCACUACCAUCCACACAUUUAUAGUGAAAGACGGUGGUACUCCAGUUCAAUCAGCAACAACUGCUAUCAUACUAACACUGUUUGUUAGUAAUGAUACAACUCCAAUGUUGACUGCUGUGCCAUUCCAGUCUGGUCACGACCUGAAUAUGACUUGGGUAAUUAUCAUUGUAGCAGCAGCUGUAAUACUAUCUGUGGCUAUUGUAGUGUCCAUAACACUGUGUGUUUUCAGAUGUAUUAAUCACACAAAUAACUCACCCACAACAGCAGAGAAUCCCAACUUUCUCUCUCAGACUGAGAUGAGACAAUUACUGUAUCAGACUAACAAUCCUGUUGCAAUAACGAGAAAUGCAGAAGAGAUAUUUAACCGAAAUCUUCAGACAAUAAAAUCUAAAAGUCAGUUUUUUCUGGAGAUGGAACAGACACCAGAUGAGUGGAAAUUCUCAACAACACAAAGGAGACUUCCACCUGUGCCUCAGAGAUGUGAUUCAAUCCAUAGUCAAGGACGUCGCACCAGUUCCAUCAUGUCUUACAACAGUGACACCUUAACAUCCCAAAAGGACAGAGAAGCUAGCAAGAGUAAUGGCAAGACUAAACCAUAUGAUGAGAUACCUGCAGAACCAGACAUGACAGCAUAUAUUGGUCUACUGUGUCUUCUACAUUUACUGAUCACCCUUGUACUGUCCAUAGAUAUUACAUACCAUGUCAAGGAAGAAGACAGACCUCACACCUAUAUUGGAGACAUUGCUGUUGACUCCAACUUAUCACACCCUCUCACACAUCAACAACACACUCUCAUUACAUUUACACAACUACAAAGGACAGUCGAGAGUGGGUCUCACUUAUUUAAUGUCACCAACUCAGGAAAACUAUACACUACUCAAACACUGGAUGCUGAGUCUCUGUGUACAUACAACAAGGAAUGUUCCAGAAUAGUUAAAGUCGCAGUGAGGAAAGAAGAAACAUUUAUGAAAAUUUUAAGGAUAAAAAUAUUGAUAGAAGACAUCAAUGACCAUUCACCAGAAUUUCCACAGAAUGAAGUUGAGAUUGAAUUUUCUGAAAGAGACAGAAAAGGGGAAAUGGUCUCCCUUCUAAAUGCCAUUGAUCAGGAUAUUUCAGUCAAAAAUUCUCAAAUUACAUAUAUAAUUAAGAAAAGUAAAAGAGAACCAUUUUCUCUCUCACUCACAAAACACAAAGGUAUUUUCACACCUGAAAUAAUUCUAGAAGACAGAUUAGACAGGGAAGUAAAAGACUCAUAUAUGUUGACCCUAGAAGCUAAAGAUGGAGGAAACCCUCCCAAAACAGCUACACUCAAGGUACACAUAUCAGUAAUAGAUGUCAAUGAUAACAUACCUGUAUUUUCACAGGAAGUAUACAACAUCUCUAUAAUUAAUUCACAUCAAAGACAUUUACCAAUUCUUACUUUAAAGGCCACAGAUCAAGAUUCUGGACAAAAUGGAAAGAUAUCUUUUCACUUCAACCAUAAAACGUCUCGAAAUAUUCAGAAAUAUUUUGCAUUAAAUGAGAAGUCUGGAGAUCUAUUUUUACGUGAUAAUUUUCAUUUCAGUAAAAAGCAAUCUUAUAAAUUAUUUGUAGAAGCAAGAGAUGGAGGGAAGCCACCAAAAAAGACUGUUGCAGCAGUUCAAAUUAACAUAAUUAACAACAAAAAUACUGCUCCAUUGAUAAAUAUUGAUUUUGUAUCUCCUUUAUCAGAGAGUUCUGCAGCUGUUUCGGAAGCAAGUAAAAUUGGUAGUUUUAUAGCUUAUGUUAUGGUCACUGACACUGAUAGUGGACCUAAUGGUGAGGUUAUCUGUGAUUUAAAACAUGAUAAAUUUAAACUUGCCAAAAUAGAUUCUAAAGAAUAUAAAAUGAUUGUUAAGGGCCCUCUUGACAGAGAAAUGAGGGACCACUAUAAAGUAUCUAUUGUGUGUCAUGACAUGGGGUCACCUCAACUAGAAAGUAAAAAAUAUUUCUCUGUCAAAGUAACUGAUGUCAAUGAUGUAGAACCACAUUUUACCAAAGAGACAUUCCAAUUCCUCACCUAUGAAAACCAGAAAGUUGACUUCCCUAUUGGCUUCAUCAAUGCUACAGACCCGGAUCUUGGAGAUGGAGGCCAACUUACAUAUUCUAUCAUCAAUGAUAACAACAAUGAUAACAUUCCUUUCCAACUGACAAAAUAUGGAUUCAUUUCUACAUCACAAUCAAUAGAUCGAGAAAUGAAAGACAUCUAUAAGUUCAAGGUUUUAGUGAAAGAUAAUGGAACACCUUCUCUCAAUGACACUACCAAUAUUGUUAUUGAGAUUCUAGAUAAAAAUGAUAAUGCUCCGUAUUUUACGUUUCCUAAUAAUGACCCUUACAAUCUAGAUGUCCACUACCAUCCACACAGUAAGAAGGACAUCACAAUUCUGAGAGCAUCUGACAAAGACACUGGAAACAAUGCUUUCCUCACAUAUGGAAUACUGAGAUCCAAUGAUAAAAACCUGUUUACAGUGAACUCACACACUGGUGUGUUAUCUUUCUCUCGCACAGUUUACCAAAAUGAUGCAGGAACAUAUGAGCUGCAGUUUAUAGUGAAAGACGGUGGUACUCCAGUUCAAUCAGUGACAACUGCUAUCAUACUAACACUGUUUGUUAGUAAUGAUACAUCUCCAAUGUUGACUGCUGUGCCAUUCCAGUCUGGUCACGACCUGAAUAUGACUUGGGUAAUUAUCAUUGUAGCAGCAGCUGUAAUACUAUCUGUGGCUAUUGUAGUGUCCAUAACACUGUGUGUUUUCAGAUGUAUUAAUCACACAAAUAACUCACCCACAACAGCAGAGAAUCCCAACUUUCUCUCUCAGACUGAGAUGAGACAAUUACUGUAUCAGACUAACAAUCCUGUUGCAAUAACGAGAAAUGCAGAAGAGAUAUUUAACCGAAAUCUUCAGACAAUAAAAUCUAAAAGUCAGUUUUUUCUGGAGAUGGAACAGACACCAGAUGAGUGGAAAUUCUCAACAACCCAAAGAAGACUUCCACCUGUACCUCAGAGAUGUGAUUCAAUCCAUAGUCAAGAACGUCGCACCAGUUCCAUUAUGUCUUACAACAGUGACACCUUAACAUCCCAAAAGGACAGAGAAGCUAGCAAGAGUAAUGGCAAGACUAAACCAUAUGAUGAGAUACCUGCAGAACCAGAAUAUACCAAUGACAAUCCAGUUGCAGCCACAAUACUAAAGGGACAACAAAUACAAGAUACCUAUCUACAGCCAACAUAUGAAAGACAGGAUAUUACAUACCAUGUCAAUGAAGAAGGCAGACCUCACACCUAUAUAGGAGACAUUGCUGUUGACUCUAACUUAUCACACCCUCUCACACAUCAACAACACACUCUCGUUACAUUUACACAACUACAAAGGGCAGUCGAUAGUGGUUCUCACUUAUUUAACGUCACCAACUCAGGAAAACUAUACACUACUCAAACACUGGAUGCUGAGUCUCUGUGUACAUACAACAAGGAAUGUUCCAGAAUAGUUAAAGUAGCAGUGAGGAAAGGAAAAACUUUUAUGAAGAUUCUAAAAAUUAAAAUAUUAAUAGAAGACAUCAAUGACCAUUCUCCAGAAUUUCCACAGAAUGAAGUUGAGAUUGAAUUUUCUGAGAAAGAGAGAAAAGGGGAAAUGGUCUCCCUUCUAAAUGCCAUUGAUCAGGAUAUUUCAGUCAAAAAUUCUCAAAUUACAUAUAUGAUUAAGAAAAGUAAAAGAGAACCAUUUUCACUUUCUGUCACAAAACAUGAUGGUAUUUUUAUACCUAAACUCAUUCUAGAAGACAGAUUAGACAGGGAAGUAAAAGAUUCAUAUAUGUUGAUCUUGGAAGCUAAAGAUGGAGGGAAUCCUCCCAAAACAGCUACACUCAAGGUACACAUAACUGUGACAGAUGUCAAUGAUAAUACACCUGUAUUUUCACAGAAACUCUACAACAUUUCUGUAAGCAAUUCACAUCAAAGACACUUACCAAUUCUUACUUUAAAAGCCACAGAUCAAGAUUCUGAGGAUAAUGGGAAAAUUUCUUAUCAUUUCAACCAUAAAACGUCUCGAAAUGUCCAGAAAUAUUUUGUGUUAGAUAAGAAAACUGGAGAUUUAUUUUUACAUGACAAAUUUCAUUUUAGUAAAAAACAAUCUUAUAAAUUAUUUAUUGAAGCAAUGGAUGGAGGUAAGCCACCAAAAAAGUCUGUUGCAGCAGUUCAGAUUCAAAUAAUUAACAACAGAAAUAAUGUACCCAUGAUUAAUAUAGAUUUUGUAUCUCCUUUAUCAGAGAGCUCAGCAACAGUUUCAGAAGACAGUGAAGUAGAUAGUUUUAUAGCUUAUGUUAUGGUCACUGACACUGAUAGUGGACCUAAUGGUGAGGUUAUCUGUGAUUUAAAACAUGAUAAGUUUAAACUUGCUAAAAUAGAUUCUAAAGAGUAUAAAAUGGUUAUUAAAGGUCAUCUUGACAGAGAAAUAAGGGACCACUAUAAAGUAUCUAUUGUGUGUCAUGACAUGGGGUCACCUCAACUAGAAAGUAAAAAAUAUUUCUCUGUCAAAGUAACUGAUGUCAAUGAUGUAGAACCACAUUUUACCAAAGAGACUUUCCAAUUCCUCACCUAUGAAAACCAGAAAGUUGACUUCCCUAUUGGCUUCAUCAAUGCUACAGACCCUGAUCUUGGAGAUGGAGGCCAACUUACAUAUUCUAUCAUCAAUGAUAACAACAAUGAUAACAUUCCUUUCCAACUGACAAAAUAUGGAUUCAUUUCUACAUCACAAUCAAUAGAUCGAGAAAUGAAAGACAUCUAUAAGUUCAAGGUUUUAGUGAAAGAUAAUGGAACACCUUCUCUCAAUGACACUGCCAAUAUUAGAUGUGAUUCAAUCCAUAGUCAAGAACGUCGCACCAGUUCCAUCAUGUCUUACAACAGUGACACCUUAACAUCCCAAAAGGACAGAGAAGCUAGCAAGAGUAAUGGCAAGACUAAACCAUAUGAUGAGAUACCUGCAGAACCAGGACCUACCAUCAGCUUAGAUGAUAUUGCAUACCAUGUCAAGGAAGAAGACAGACCUCACACCUAUAUAGGAGACAUUGCUGUUGACUCCAACUUAUCACAUCCUCUCACGCAUCAACAACACACUCUCAUUACAUUUACACAACUACAAAGGACAGUCGAGAGUGGUUCUCACUUAUUUAAUGUCACCAACUCAGGAAAACUAUACACUACUCAAACACUGGAUGCUGAGUCUCUCUGUACAUACAACAAGGAAUGUUACAGAACUGUGAAGGUGGCAGUGAGGAAAGGAAAAACGUUUAUGAAGAUUCUAAGGAUAAAAAUAUUAAUAGAAGACAUCAAUGACCAUUCUCCAGAGUUUCCACAGAAUGAAGUUGAAAUUGAAUUUCUCGAAAGCCAAUUUAAAGUCACAAAACAGGAUGGUAUUUUUAUACCUGAACUGACUUUAGCAGAUAAAUUAGACAGGGAACUAAAAUAUUCAUAUAUGUUGACACUGGAAGCUAAAGAUGGAGGAAACCCUGCCAAAACAGCUACACUCAAGGUACACAUAUCUGUAACAGAUGUCAAUGAUAACACACCUGUAUUUUCACAGAAACUCUACAACAUCACUAUAAGUAAUUCACAUCAAAGACAUUUACCAAUUCUUACUUUAAAAGCCACAGAUCGAGAUUCUGGAGACAAUGGAAAGAUUUCUUAUCAUUUCAACCAUAAAACAUCUCAAAAUGUCCAGAAAUAUUUUGUAUUAGAUAAGAAAACUGGAGAUUUAUUUUUACAUGAUAAUUUUCAUUUCAGUAAAAGGCAAUCUUAUAAAUUAUUCAUUGAAGCGCAGGAUGGCGGCAACCCUCCUCUAAAGACAGUAGCUAGAGUUCACAUUUAUGUGAUUAAUAAUAGGAAUGCUGCUCCAUUGAUAAACAUAGAUUUUGUAUCUCCUUUAUCAAAGAGCUCAGCAGCAGUUUCAGAAGACAGUGAAGUAGAUAGUUUUAUAGCUUAUGUUAUGGUCACUGACAAUGAUAGUGGACCUAAUGUUUACCAAAAUGAUGCAGGAACAUAUGAGCUGCAGUUUAUAGUGAAAGACGGUGGUACUCCAGUUCAAUCAGCAACAACUGCUAUCAUACUAACACUGUUUGUUAGUAAUGAUACAUCUCCAAUGUUGACUGCUGUGCCAUUCCAGUCUGGUCACGACCUGAAUAUGGACUUGGCAGAGAAUCCCAACUUUCUCUCUCAGACUGAGAUGAGACAAUUACUGUAUCAGACUAACAAUCCUGUUGCAAUAACGAGAAAUGCAGAAGAGAUAUUUAACCGAAAUCUUCAGACAAUAAAAUCUAAAAGUCAGUUUUUUCUGGAGAUGGAACAGACACCAGAUGAGUGGAAAUUCUCAACAACACAAAGGAGACUUCCACCUGUGCCUCAGAGAUGUGAUUCAAUCCAUAGUCAAGGACGUCGUACCAGUUCCAUCAUGUCUUACAACAGUGACACCUUAACAUCCCAAAAGGACAGAGAAGCUAGCAAGAGUAAUGGCAAGACUAAACCAUAUGAUGAGAUACCUGCAGAACCAGUAUAUCAGAAAACUCUAUACACUACUCAAACACUGGAUGCUGAGUCUCUGUGUACAUACAACAAGGAAUGUUCCAGAACAGUUAAAGUCGCAGUGAGGAAAGGAACAACUUUUAUGAAAAUUUUAAGGAUAAAAAUAUUAAUAGAUGACAUCAAUGAUUAUUCCCCAGAAUUUCCACAGAAUGAAGUUGAAAUUGCAUUUUCUGAGACAGACAGUAAAGGAACUAGAAUAUCUCUUCCAAAUGCAAUUGAUAAAGAUAUUUCAAUAAAAAAUUCUCAAAUUACGUAUACAAUUAAGAAAAGUAAGAGAGAACCAUUUUCUCUCUCUGUUACAAAACACAAAGGUAUUUUCACACCUGAAAUAAUUCUGGAAGACAAAUUAGACAGGGAACUCAAAGAUUCAUAUAUGUUGACCUUGGAAGCUAAAGAUAGAGGGAACCCUCCCAAAACAGCUACACUGAAGAUACACAUAUCUGUAACAGAUGUUAAUGAUAACAUACCUGUAUUUUCACAGGAAGUCUACAACAUCACUAUAAAUAGUUCACAUCAAAGACAUUUACCAUUCCUUACUUUAAAAGCCACAGAUCAAGAUUCUGGACAAAAUGGAAAGAUUUCUUUUCAUUUCAACCAUAAAACGUCUCGAACUGUCCAGAAAUAUUUUGUAUUAGAUAAGAAAACUGGAGAUCUAUUUUUACAUGAUAAUUUUCAUUUUAGUAAAAAGCAGUCUUAUAAAUUAUUUGUAGAAGCAAGAGAUGGAGGAAAUCCACCCUUAAGUUCUGUAACCAAAGUCCAGAUUCACAUAAUUAAUAACCAGAAUACUGCUCCAUUGAUAAAUAUAGAUUUUGUAUCUCCUUUAACUGAGAGUUCAGCAGCAGUUUCAGAAGACAGUGAAGUAGAUAGUUUUAUAGCUUAUGUUAUGGUCACUGACACUGAUAGUGGACCUAAUGGUGAGGUUAUCUGUGAUUUAAAACAUGAUAAGUUUAAACUUGCCAAAAUAGAUUCUAAAGAAUAUAAAAUGAUUGUUAAGGGCCAUCUUGACAGAGAAAUAAGGGACCACUAUAAAGUAUCUAUUGUGUGUCAUGACAUGGGGUCACCUCAACUAGAAAGUAAAAAAUAUUUCUCUGUCAAAGUAACUGAUGUCAAUGAUGUAGAACCACAUUUUACCAAAGAGACAUUCCAAUUCCUCACCUAUGAAAACCAGAAAGUUGACUUCCCUAUUGGCUUCAUCAAUGCUACAGACCCGGAUCUUGGAGAUGGAGGCCAACUUACAUAUUCUAUCAUCAAUGAUAACAACAAUGAUAACAUUCCUUUCCAACUGACAAAAUAUGGAUUUAUUUCUACAUCACAACCAAUAGAUCGAGAAAUGAAAGACAUCUAUAAGUUCAAGGUUUUAGUGAAAGAUAAUGGAACACCUUCUCUCAAUGACACUGCCAAUAUUGUUAUUGAGAUUCUAGAUAAAAAUGAUAAUGCUCCGUAUUUUACGUUUCCUAAUAAUGACCCUUACAAUCUCGAUGUCCACUACCAUCCACACAGUAAGAAGGACAUCACAAUUCUGAGAGCAUCUGACAAAGACACUGGAAACAAUGCUUUCCUCACAUAUGGAAUACUGAGAUCCAAUGAUAAAAACCUGUUUACAGUGAACUCACACACUGGUGUGUUAUCUUUCUCUCGCACAGUUUACCAAAAUGAUGCAGGAACAUAUGAGCUGCAGUUUAUAGUGAAAGACGGUGGUACUCCAGUUCAAUCAGCAACAACUGCUAUCAUACUAACACUGUUUGUUAGUAAUGAUACAUCUCCAAUGUUGACUGCUGUGCCAUUCCAGUCUGGUCACGACCUGAAUAUGACUUGGGUAAUUAUCAUUGUAGCAGCAGCUGUAAUACUAUCUGUGGCUAUUGUAGUGUCCAUAACACUGUGUGUUUUCAGAUGUAUUAAUCACACAAAUAACUCACCCACAACAGCAGAGAAUCCCAACUUUCUCUCUCAGACUGAGAUGAGACAAUUACUGUAUCAGACUAACAAUCCUGUUGCAAUAACGAGAAAUGCAGAAGAGAUAUUUAACCGAAAUCUUCAGACAAUAAAAUCUAAAAGUCAGUUUUUUCUGGAGAUGGAACAGACACCGGAUGAGUGGAAAUUCUCCACAACACAGAGGAGACUUCCACCUGUGCCUCAGAGAUGUGAUUCAAUCCAUAGUCAAGGACGUCGCACCAGUUCCAUCAUGUCUUACAACAGUGACACCUUAACAUCCCAAAAGGACAGAGAAGCUAGCAAGAGUAAUGGCAAGACUAAACCAUAUGAUGAGAUACCUGCAGAACCAGAAUAUACCAAUGACAAUCCAGUGGCAGCCACAAUACUAAAGGGACAACAAAUACAAGAUACCUAUCUACAGCCAACAUAGUAGAUGUUCCAUGACUAUUGUUAAAUGAUUCUCUCACACACCAAAUCUUAUACAAU